AGUUGUUCAGGAACUGUCAUGGCGGACGCCGCCACGAAUGCGCGAAGUUCUAGCGCGAUGGUGAGUCCAAAAGUCCUGAGUUCGAAGCUCGGGGAGUGGGAUCGGAAGCAGGGUCCGACGGCCCAGCUCACGGAGAGGCAGCGGGACAGCUUCAUGGACCUGACGGCACACGCACAGACGCGCCCGCUACCCAUACAGCUGCCUCUGGAGGAUGGAGGUUAUGUCCAGAGAACAGCCCUACACGGCCUGGGAGCCAGGCUAGGCACGGGAGACCAGGAUGCUGUCCUGAAGGGCUUCUCUUCACUACAGAUGGAGGAGGAGAAAAUAGAAAAUGCACAGAAGUUCUUCUCCUGGUUCACUAAAGUGGAGUCCAUGAUAGAAGAGGAGGAGGAGUCAUGUUACAGGUUCCCUGCAGAGCGUCUCAAACAGCACAGACAGGAAUGUGACGACGUUCUCGGUGACGUGUGCUCGGCUUUAGACCACCUGCAGGAGCUACAGAAACAGUACAUCUUUGUCUCCACCAAGACUAACGCCCUGCACGAGGCCUGUGAACAUCUGCUGCAGGAACAGACCAAACUGGUGAACGCUGCAGAGAGCAUCAACAACAAGUUAUCCUACUUCACAGAGCUGGAGAGAAUAAGCACCAAGCUGAACUCGCCUGCCAUGUCAGUGACCAGUGACUCGUUUGUCCCCAUGCUGUCCAGAAUAGACGAGUGUGUGGCCUACAUCAACAGCCAUCCUGACUUUGCAGAGUGUGACGUGUACCUGGCCAGGUUCAGACAGUGUCUGUCCAAGGCUCUAAACCUCAUCAAGACUUACGUGGUCAACCUGUUACAGCAGGCAUCACAGCAGGUGCAACCUAAGGGCAAGGAUUCCCAAGGACCAUCUGACAAUGCCUUCACACUUUACUAUGGCAAGUUUAGAACCAACGCACCAAGGGUCAAGUUACUAAUGGAACAGAUUGAAGACAGAAUAGACAGGAGUCCUGAGUACCAGCAGUUACUGAAUGACUGUCACCAGUGUUACUUCAACCAGCGACAGCUCCUCCUAGGGCCCAGUGUGCAAACUGCAGUUACAGAGAUGGCUGGACACCACGUCAGGGACCACUGUGCUCUGGUGCGUAGCGGCUGUGCCUUCAUGGUUCAUGUGUGUCAGGACGAACAUCAGCUCUUCGCUCACUUUUUCAGCAGGAAAACUCCAAAACUCGAUGUACUCCUGGAGGGCCUGUGUAACAGUCUGUAUGAUGUCCUCAGGCCUCUCAUUAUCCACAUCCAGCAUCUAGAAACUCUGUCAGAGCUCUGCAGUAUACUCAGGGUUGAAAUGCUGGAGGAACAUGUACAAAAUAACCCUGAUGAGCUGCGAGCAUUUGAGACAGUAGCACUGCAGAUGUUGGAGGAUGUACAGGAAAGGCUGGUGUACAGAGCGCACAUCUACAUACAGACUGACAUACAGUCCUACAACCCUGCACCCGGGGACCUGGCAUACCCGGAUAAACUAGAGAUGAUGGAGAGAAUAGCACGUAGCCUGAAGGAGGAAGAGGCCCAGAGGAGAAGUGAGACAGGUUCUGUCUCCUCUAUGUCCAGUGGGAGGGACGGUCAGGACACCUUCACCGACCCGAGGUCAGAGCUUGACAUGGCGAACCACAACGUGUCUCUGUCCCCAGCUGACAUCCAUGGCAUGUGGUACCCGACCGUACGCAGGGCGCUCGUCUGUCUCUCCAAACUGUACCGCUGCGUCGAUAGAACCAUAUUCCAGGGCCUGUCCCAGGAGGUACUGGCAGCCUGUGUACAGUCUCUCAUCGUAGCAAGUGUCUCCAUAGCAAAACUUAAGACUGAGAUGGACGGACAACUGUUCCUGAUUAAACACCUGCUGAUCCUGAGGGAACAGAUCACUCCGUUUCAUGCAGAGUUCGCCAUCAAGGAGAUGGCGCUAGACUUUUCUACUGUCAAAAGUGCUGCGUUCGGUCUGCUCCACAACCGCUCCAAACUCUUCACCUUCAGCACAAACAACGCACUGCUGGAGUUUCUGCUGCAGGGUGCCCCCCAGGUGGUUGAACAUUACGUUGACUCGAAGCGGGAGGUUGAUCGGCAGCUGAAGCGAACGUGUGAAGAGUUCAUACAGCACGUGGUCAAGGGCUUCGUCUCUCCUCUCACUGACUUCAUCAACAAGGCAAAUGUUAUAGUAAACAUGAACAAGGAAGACUCAGGGCCGAAAGUGUCUUUGCGGCAACAGCCUUUUGCUGGAGCAGAAACAGUCCAUGAGUUGGUGACUAAGACAUAUAAAAACAUCAAGGGCCAACUUCCAGCCAUCCUGAAGAGCAUGGCCUUGUAUCUAGCCAACAAGGACACCGAGUUUAUACUCUUCAAACCCAUCAAGAUGAAUGUCCAGACGUCGUUCCAGCACCUCCAUGACAUUGUAGUGGAGAACUACCCUGAAGACGACCAACAGAUCAUCGCCUGCCCCUCCCCUGACCAGAUCAACCUCCUCAUGGCAGUGCCUUCUUAGGGAUAAUCUUCUACAGCCAGAAAUGUUUCUUUAUGCUAACUAGCAGCUAAGGGUCAGUCAUAUCUGUCUACAAUAUACAUUGUAUAAUAUACAAUUAUGUGAAGCUCAUCGGCAGAACGUACAGCGCCUGCACGAAACCCAGAUUUUUCAUGGUUUUUGGUGGAUGUUUGAUCAUCGCUGCAUCAGAAUUUUGCCCAAUGCAGACAGAAUAUCAUCCUCAAAUACUACUGAAGUGUUCUGCACAAUACAUUACAGGUUCUGCCAUGUGCAGCAUGUGCUGCCAAUGUGUUUACAUGUUAUAUAUUGUCCCAUGAUGUAAUGCAGACGUUUCAGAUAGUAUCCACUUUUAUUUUGUUUGUUGUUGACAUAUUUGACUUGGUGGUCAGGAUUUUUCUUUGAAAUGGGAUAGAAUAAAUGGUGUAAAAAUAAAUAAAAUUCUUCGAAAGGAGCUAGAAUGAGAAGUGUAAAAAUAAAUUAGAUUCAGAAAGUGGAGCACGUCGGCAGAACGUACUGCACCUGCGCAGAACCCCGUAUUUUCGCGUUUUUCGUUGGGUU